CAUCAUAAGCAUAUGUUAUGCAUCCCCCCUUUUUGACACCUGGUCCAACCCAUGUGUCAACUCAGCAAAGUGAGGGAAAAAAUGUUUGACUACUGUAGACUCCAUGCCUACAGGUGCAACCAUUCGUUUGCCAGACUCUGCAUUCCUGUGAGAUAGAAAAUUAGUGACUAUGAGCAAAUUAAACACCAAAUCAAAUAUAGUAUAUUUAAACUCAGUGUUGUCAAAAUAUUCUCAUUCAAAAAUAGUGUGUAAAGUUACAUAGAAACAUAUGAUUAGGGCAAUUAUCAGAGUAACAUAAAAUGAAAUCUAACAGCAUGGUUACAAUUGAUGUCUUGUAACAAUCUGCUUCAACCUGUUGAACAGUAGUGUUUCCAACCUGUUGACGCAUUGAUUGUUUUGAUUGCUCACACCCUUAGCUGAACGGUCAACACAGCCUCGCCUCAGUGCGUGUGUGAGCACAGCGAGAGUCGCCCUUCUCACGUCACCUCACUUCUGGUGGGUUUUCCGUGCGGUGUAGACGGAGGGUCAUUUGUCGGAUCCGGGACCUUCCUACAGUGUAUAGAAUGGAUCCAAGUCGCUCUCUCUGCGACAUUCACAGCUGUGUGGGUCGUCAGACGGACCUGGAAGAGGCCUUGCCACUGUUUGAAGUUCCAGUGCUUCUUCCUGAACUCCUUAAUGAUCGCCCAGUCCGCUGGUUGGAUGGCGUGUAAGCGUCCUGACGCCUGUUUUCACCUGUUGGAAAGUCUGAAUUGUGCUAAUUGUGUUAUGUUUUUGACACCUGGUCCAACCCAUGUGUCAACUAAGCAAAGUGAGGGAAAAAAUGUUUGACUACUGUAGACUCCAUGCCUACAGGUGAAACCAUUCGUUUGCCAGAGUCUGCAUUCCUGUGAGAUAGAAAAUUAGCAGUGAAACAAAACACCAUUCUUUCAUCAAAAUGCUUCAUACAAGGUAACAUACAGUAAAAUAAAUUUUAAGUGUAAAACAAAGUUACAAAAUUAACAAAAAUAAAACAAUAACAUAAUUGUUAUUGUUUAGUAUUGGUGUUGUUGUAAAUCAUUUGUUUCCCUAGUUGGGAAAUGACACAUGUGGGACAUUUUGAAUGGGUGCAAAGAUUUGUUUCGUAAAAUGCUGAGUAAUUUGAAAGCAGUAGACCAAAAGGUCAGGUCUCAACCUGUCCCCUUGUUCUUACUCACCUUUCAUACACUGACCAAAGUGCACUCCCAGAGUGGGCAGAUCGUCCUUAUAAAGCAGGUCAUUCAGGUCCUGCAGCCACUUCAGCUCAGUCUGAUCCAGUCCACCAUGUUUGCUACAAUCAUUCUCCUGUCACUCUGCGUGUGCUUCAUCAUCCUUCAACUCCAAUCCCGAAGGCCCGAGAACUUUCCUCCAGGACCUCCUGCUUUGCCACUACUGGGAAAUCUGUUGAACCUAAACCUUGAGAACCCUCUGAAGGACCUUGAGAGGCUGAGGAAGUCGUACGGUAAUGUCUACAGCCUGUUCAUUGGCCCCAACCGAACUGUGGUUAUCAAUGGAGUGGAAGCCCUGAAAGAAGCUCUGGUGAACAAGGCUCAUGAUUUCUCUGGACGACCUCAGGACAUGUUUAUUAAUGAUGUCAGCCACAGGAAAGGAGUAAUUGUGGUAGAUUACGGCCCUCGAUGGAAGGAACAUCGUCGCUUUGCCCUGAUGACCCUGAGGAACUUUGGUCUGGGGAAAAACACCAUGGAGGACAGGAUUCAUGGAGAGAUACAACACAUCAUCAAAACCCUGGAGAAGAACAUCGGCAAAAAGCUGAGUCCUCAGGUUAUGUUCCAUUAUGCAGCCAAUAACAUCAUCUGCCAAGUUCUGUUUGGGACACGUUACGAGUAUGAUGAUGAGUUCAUCAAAGAAACUGUCCGCUGCUUCACACAAAUUGCGAAGACAAUCAAUGGUCCAUGGGCUAUGUUGUAUGAUUCGCUUCCAUUUAUUCGCAGCCUGCCGCUGCCCUUUACUAAAGCCUUUAGGAAUAUGGAGACUGUAAGGACACUUGCAAAAAAAUUAAUAAGUGAGCACAAGAAGAGCCGAGUCCCUGGAGAGCCUCGAGACUUUUUAGACUGCUAUCUGGAUGAACUGGAAAAGAGAGACAGUGAGAAGACUACAUUCUCAGAAGAACAACUGAUUAUGUACGCGAUAGAUCUUCAGUUUGCUGGGACUGACACUACCUCCAACACCCUGCUCACUGGCUUCCUCUACCUCAUCACCCACCCAGACAUACAAGAGCGUUGUCAACAGGAGAUAGAUCAGGUGAUGGAAGGGAAGGAUCAGAUCUGCUUUGAUGACAGGCACAACAUGCCUUUCACACAGGCUGUGCUCCAUGAAGUACAGAGGGUAGCCAACACUGUUCCACUCAGUGUUUUUCAUUGUACAACUACAGACACAGAUCUGAUGGGAUACUCCAUUCCCAAGGGUACUGUGAUUAUUCCAAACCUCUCAUCACUGCUGAAUGAACAAUUAUUUCAAUAAAUCGCACAAAAGGACAACUCUCUCUUAUCUACUUCUUUAUGGAAAAUUUCCACCACACACUCACUGUAUGUUGAAUUUAGACCACCUGUGGAAUAACUGAAAUGAGUUAUUCCACAGCAACUAAUUUGAUAGUAUUGAAAUUACAUGUUUUUCUCUUUUCUAAUAAGGUAAGCUAUAAAGGUGAAUCAAGCGUAAGGAAAAGCAUGUGUAAAUAUAAAGUAAAAAUUCAAUUGUUUAAAAUAAUUCUUGAGUAUUGCACACACAAAAACACAUUUCCACUCAAUGAUUUCCUGAAUGAAAGUGUUUUCCCCUUAUAAAAACAGAUUUCUGUGAAAUAUGUAAUUGGCAACCAGAAAAUGCACCGCUACUCCAAAGCUGGAAGAAACUGUUAUCUUCACACUCUAGGUUAUUGAGUGUGUUGAGAAGCCUGGGGUUUGAGGACAGAAGCUUUUGCAGGGCCUUGCAGAUGAAAUGCUUGAUGGAAGUAG